AUGCAAGCUGGCUUUGAUUUGAACACGUCAACCGGCACAAUUCCUAUGCAAGACUAUGCUCAGGAAACCCUUGCGGGAGGUGACCGUCGAGCCGGACAGAAGAACAGCUGGAUGGUGUGCGGGCUCACUACACACGGCGCCGGAUACUGUGAGAUUGGACUGGCUGUCCUGUACUGUCUUAAUGAGCCAUCCCAUCUGGCAGUCGCAGUUGAGCGGAUUGAGGAGGACAAUGUCGAUGAUGCUGAGAAGGAGGAGGACGAAAAGGAGGAAAAAGUGGAAAAGGAGGACAAUGUGGAGGACAAGGAGGAGAACAAGGAGGAGAACGAGGAUGAAGACAAGGAGGAGGACGAGAAGGAGGACGAGAAGGAGGACGAUGAGUAG